GCCGGGGCAACGUGGGUGGAGGAAAGCCGAAUCAUGGCUGGUCCAGUGGACUUCCAAGACGAGGAACAGGUAAAGUUAUUCCUAGACAACAUGAAGGUGGAGUGCCACUACCAGUGCUACAAAGAGAAAGACCCGGAUGGUUGCUACCGGCUGGUGGACUAUUUGGAAGGGAUCCAGAAGAAUUUUGAUGAGGCAGCUAAGGUGUUGAAGUUCAACUGUGAAGAGAACAAACAUAGUAAUAGCUGCUACAAACUAGGAGCCUAUUAUAUGACUGGAAAAGGUGGACUGACCCAGGACCUGAAAGCUGCCUUAAACUGCUUUCUAGUGGCAUGUGAGAAACCUGGAAAGAAGUCUAUGGAAGCAUGUCACAAUGUUGGUCUCCUGGCCCAUGAUGGACAGGUCAAUGAGGAUGGCCAGCCGGACCUGGAGAAGGCCAGAGACUAUUACACACGAGCCUGUGAUGGCAGCUAUGCCUCCAGCUGCUUCAACCUCAGUGCUAUGUUCCUGCAGGGCGCCCCUGGCUUUCCCAAGGACAUGAGCCAGGCAUGUAAAUACUCACUGAAGGCCUGUGACCUGGGCCAUGUGUGGGCCUGUGCCAAUGCCAGCCGCAUGUAUAAGCUGGGAGAUGGUGUUGAAAAAGAUGAGGCCAAGGCUGAGUUGCUAAAAAAUCGAGCCCGGCAGCUGCAUAAAGAACAGCAUAAACGAGUCCAGCCCUUAACAUUUGGGUAGCAUGGCCUAGCCCCCUCCCAGGGUAUAUUCUAUGAAGAAAUGCACAUUUAUGGGGCUUAAUUUUCAAAUAAUGAGCCCUAAAAAAAUUGGAACAAACUUGAAAGCCAUAGAGAUUUGGAGGAUGGGGGGGGGGGGGCGCAGGAAGUUGUAAAAAUCAGCAGUCACCAUCAUCAUUAUUAUCCUGGAAGGGCUUGAAAAUCAGAAAAUACCCUAAUUUACAUAACAGAGGUCUUAGGGAGUUAAGAACAGUAAUGUCACGACUGCCACCCUCUGACUUACAUAAUCAUUGGUGUGGGCUUCCCUUUUGCCUUUACAGUCAGGUCUUCUAUUGCAGCAAUGAGAAGGGUUGUGUAGCAUACAGGUUAAAGGUUGUUAAAAAGGUGAAAGGUUGUUAGGCCUCUGGGUUGCUAAAGAAGGUGAAACCAGCCUGCUUUCCUCUAGGAGAGCUAUUCAGUUAAAAUGUAAAACCUCAUGGUGAUCACCUGGCACCGCUCCUCAUUUAGAGAGAGCUAAUUAUUCCCAGCAACAAGGAUUUUGUGGCACAUUUUGCCCACUGCAACUGGGCAACUUUUGGAGACAAGUCUUGGUAUUUAGCACUGGCCUCAAACUUGUCAUUCUCUUGCCACGGCUUUCCAAGUGCUGGGCUUGUAAGCAUGUGUCACCACACUGGUGGAACAAUUGUUUUUUAAUGUUUUUUAUUGUAAAGAUACUGUACAGAGGGGUUAGUUACAUGAGUAAGGUAAUGAGUACAUUUCCUAUCAAGCAUUGUUACUCCCUCCUUUGUUUUUGGAACUGAACUUCUUUAACUGUGA